AUGGAUCUCCCCAACAAUUCUGUUGUAAAUCCUCUUGCACCUCCACCCACUCAGCAGAAAAAGGGUGGGGGCUGCAGUGCUGGCCAGAAUGCAAAACUGAAGUCCAAUGUUGCCCCACCACCCUAUGCACCUCCCAUUGUGAAUGGUCCUAGCCCAGCUGAUAUGCCUCCAAAUCCUGUCCCUCAGUCUUCAACAGCAGUAGCAACACCUGUCUUCCAUCAGCACCCCACAGACUCCCAUCACUUUGGUUUCAGUGUUCUGGCUCAACAGCCAGGUCAUAUUGUGCCUCCCAGGAUGGAACCUGACCUUCAAGUGCUCAAUAAUCCUUAUAUUGCUGUGAUUUGGGGAGACCAAGUUCCCAGUAAUACAUCUUGUCUGCCAACACCCCAGCCCAACUACCAGUCUCAGUUUAUCCCCCACCAGCCACCUGCUACUGUCCCCAACUCUUGUAUUGACCCCUCCCUUGAUAGCUCACUCUCAUUGAGACAAACUUCAGCAACCACUGAUGUUCACCACAAGAGUUCAGAGAAGCUGUCAUCAGAGGGCUCCUCAGAAGAGGAGUUGGAGUCCUCGAGUAAUAACCCAUCAGAUGCAGAGGCUGGCGAGGUCUCUGGCAAUGAGUUCAACAAAGAUGAGGACAAUGCAUUUGGAUGGGGUGCAAUGAAUCUUAGGCAAUCAACUCAUCCUGGCUUCUCCCAAGAAACAAUGACAAGCAAUCCUAUUCACAACAAUUCCUUACCCCCUGACCACAAGUUUCAGUACUCAUGCAACAAGGAUGACAAUGCAGCUCUGCGAAGCUUACAAUCCAAGGACAAGGCUCAGCCAGAGGUACAAAAGGUUCCCAAAGUAUCUCAGCAUGCCAGAGCCUCUCAUAACUCCAAGAAAGCUAAGGAUGAGGGCCCAUUGCCUUCACAACUGAGAUUUUACAAGGCAGUAUGGAAGGACUGUCUUGAAGACACUAAGCGAGAAUGCAGGGCUGCACAUGCACUUUCUAACCCAUUCUCAUCGAAAUCUCAUGACCUCAACCUCUCCAUAACAGAGGCACUUGUCACUGUUGUCAUUGAGUGGAAUCAAUGUGGUGUGCAAUUUGAAGAUGGUUACUGGCCUGACCACAAGCAAGAUAUGGCAUGCCUCAUGAGUAGUCCUGUCUUUUGGUUACAGCUACUGACAUACUGCCAGUAG